AGCAAUUUCUGCCAGCUCAGACCGCCCUAUAUCCGUCUGCUAUAGUGGGGUAGAUCCGCGGGGCAAUGGCGGGGUCAGUGCCUGGGACUCCUUUAAUUACUACUAAGGGGACUCUAUGUUCCAACCAGGUCACCCCCAGGUCAACCUGGAAGUGCUCGAGAUAUAAUUCACGAACCCUUUCUCAUUCCAACUCCUUGCUCAUGAAACUGUCAAAGCCGGAGUUUACCUAAAACAACGACGAUAUUAUCAUGGACGUGCCAGCCACAAUCGACCCGGCGACAGGGCGACCUCUCCCGCCGGAUGCCAUCGUGCGAAUCCUCCAUAUAACCCCCAAAGUACACGUCUACUCCAUCCCUCGUGACUCAGUCGCCACGGCAGCAGGCUAUGCAGCCGCAUCCUGGACGUCAGACCCCCGCAACCACAUCUUCACCGCCCGCCUGCGCGUGCUCGAGACCUCGUUCUCCACCUCCUCGUCCUCUUCCGCAUCAGAAGAACAACAGCAACAACAGCAACGACAAACCUCGGAAGAAGAAGAUGAGGAAAUGCAAAUAAAAAUCGACAUCCUCCUCGAAGACCCCAGCACAGGCGCGCUCUUCGCCGCCGCGCCCUACACCACCCCGGCCUCGGUUGAGCCGACAACAGACAGCAGCCGGUUCUUUGCGGUGCGGGUGCAGGACCCGACGAGCAAGCAGAAGGCCACGCUGGGCGUGGGGUUUGAGGAGCGGAGCGAGGCGUUCGAUUUCGGCGUUGCGCUGCAGGAGGCCGGGCGGGCGCUGCGGUGGUCUUCUUCGUCCUCCUCUUCUGCGGCAUCUUCUUCGCAAUCGCAUCACAUAACGCGGGCUGUAGGAGGUACCGGCGGGACAGGGGGAGAAGCCGGUGUGACCGCCAGUAAAGGGAAAGGAGGAGGAGAGGAAGAAGAGAAGAGGGAUCUGAGUUUGAAAGAAGGCGAGACGAUCACCGUCAACCUAAGCGGCACGAGGUUUGGCCGGCGGGCCGGGAGACAGCAGCAGUCAGAAGAGGAUACAAAGGGGUCAGGCGGAGAGGAAGGGAAGAGUCUAGCGUCGUUUUCUCUCCCCCCGCCGCCGCCACCAAGCGCGAGGGAAGUACGAGCGCAGAAGAGGUUGAGCGCGCAGCAGUUGGGUUUUGACGAUGGGCAGUUUGGCGAGUUUGCUUGAUAAGAUCGCAGGCGGUCGUGGUCGUAAUGGCGUCAUUUGUUGUCGGAUUUAGAUAACGUAGUCGUCCAGCCUAGGCAAGGUAUUGUACCUGUCAGGCCCAUCCAACCA